GAAGAAGUUGCUGGGGGAGGCCUUUGGCCUCAUGCUUCGAGGGCUCCUUCAGCAGUGUGCAACAACACCGCACAUCAUUUUCAUUCUGAAGCACUUCGAGGAACAUGGCUGGGAAUGUUUCUCGUACGCCUGGGACCAGCUUCUCUUCUGUGCAGCCCAUCAAAGCACCAUCAACGUAUGUAGCAAACUGAGAAUCAGAUGGUGAACUUUGGGACCCCCUCCUCCUUCAACCUCUUGCUGCUCAUACUUGUCUGGAGGGACCGAUCGUGUCCAGGCAAAUGGUGAUGGCAAGCAAGAGAGCAGAGUGUGUGUGUAUGUCACACGGUCCGUGUACUCACAGCUACUUCAAGUGGUUGAGGUCUGGGAGCAGUGGGUGAGGCCCAGGAGCAGCAGAUGAUGACUAGAAGCAGUAAGUGAUGUCUGGGAGCAGUUCGCUCCGGGUCUCAUUUUCUGCUCCCCAUGCUUACCUGGUGCUCCUGAACCUCACCUUCUUGCCUGCUGUCACCGAUCGGACCCAGCUGCAGCCACUCCUCACCUACUGCUCCUGGAUCUCACCUGGUUCCCUGCUGUUGCCAAUUGGGCUAAGAUGUUUCCAAACCUCGCCUACUGCUUACGGACCUCGCCUGCUGCUCCUAGACUUCACCCACUGCUUCCAGACCUCAUUCGCCUGCCUGCCAUCGCCAAACGGGUCCAGCUGCUUCCAGACCUCACCUGGUACUUCCAGACAUUGCCUGCUGCUCCCGCACCUUACCCACUGCUUCCAAAGUUCACCCGCUAUCCUGCCAUCGCCAAACGGACUCAGCUGCUUCCAGACCUUGCAUGCUACUUCUAGAACUUGCCUGCUGCUUCUGGACCUCACCCUCUUUUCCUGGUCCUCAUCUGCUGCUAUUGGACUUUGCCUGCUACUUCCUGACCUCGCUUGCUGCUCAUUGACCUCAUCCACUUACUUGCCUGCCAUCUGCACUUGGCCAAGUUGCAUCCAGACCUCGCCUGCUGCUUCUGGAUCUCACCAGCAGCUACCGGACCUCAUCCACUGCUCUCAGACAUCACUCUUUCCUGCCAUCGCCUAUUGGGCCCAGCUGCUAUCAGACUUUGCCUGCUGUUGCUGCCUAUCAAUCUGGGAAGGUUACAAGGCCACUUCCAAACAAUUUAAAGUCCAUCAUUCUAUAGUGAAGAAGAUUAUUCAGAAGGGGAAAACAUUCAAGGCAGUUGCAGUCCUGCAUCUGGAGAAGGAGCGGUCGGAGUGAUGUCUCGAGACGGGACAGUUGGCAAUUGGAGCAUGUGAUUGGCAGAGGAGUCAGGGGA